UUUUUGUAUACGAAACUUAAUGUGUUGAGUGUAAACGCUUUGGCAACACUGCAUAUUGCAUUGUAAAUAUAAAGAAGAAGAACAGGCAAACGAGAGCAAGUAGAAAAGUAUUUUUCGCCGUGUCGUGAGAUUUCUUUUGGUACAAAAAUUAAUUGGAAAAGUUUUUAUUUUAAUAAAUAUUUAAAAAGUUUCAAGUUUUACCAAAAUGGACGGCAACAGUGAAGAAAAAGAAACUGCCAAUGCUGCCCUUGAAGCGGAAGUAACGCCUGCAAUAAGUACGGCUGUGGAACAAGUGAAAGAAUAUGAUGAUAUAGCGUUGAAUCAAACUCAUCCUGAAGUUGAAGCGGUUCACGAUCAUGAUCCUAAAAUUAAACAAAGACGAUAUUGGACGCCCAAAGAAGAAGAACGUUUCUUUGAAAUAUGGGGUCGCGAAAAUUGGCGCUUAACCAAGCAUGGCAAGAAUACCAUAUAUUUUGCUCAAUGGGCUGAAGAGCUUAAAGACCGUUUCAAUAUUGAUGUUAAAUUGGAAGAGAUACAAUGCAAAGUAAAUCAAACAAGAGCCAAAUUUCGGCAAGUGAAAAAGCAGUUAGAAAUGGAUAAAAACACUAUACGUUGGAAGAAAUAUGAUAUUGUGGAGAAAAUUUUAAAAAAUCAAUAUCGCUCCAAAGACGAUGAACCAGUACCACCGGAGGCGUUAGAAAAUAAUCGUGACAUGUCGCCUACAGAGUUGCUAAAUUCAAAUACACGUUCCACCUCGCCAACCAGUAUAACAUCGAAUUCUGUUCAAGAGCAGACUCUAAACGUUACGCUAAAUAGCGAUCAAAAUGCUGGUGAAGACAUUAACAUGAGUAAUAUUUCUCUUAAUGAAAAUAAUCUGUCAAUGGGUUUAUUUAACAAUGAUUCUCAGACCCUUCAAGCUACUUACAGCGCAGAAUUGUUUAGCGAUCAAAUUGAUAUCAAAGCAGAAUUUGAAGAGGAUUUAAGGAGAGAAGAACUCAGUAAUGAAUACAAUACAAACAGCUAUAAUAGUGUAACGUUUCAUAAUCAAGAAACGAACAGCCAGCAGCAACCACAACAGGAAGAACAAACGGAAGCGCAGUUUCAUCAGUUGCAAACAGCUGCGGAGCAACAACAGCAACAACAAUUUCAGCAGCAAUAUCUUAACCAACUACAAGAAAAUCAAGGAGCAAUACCACCCCAAGUGUAUAACAAUUUGACAACAAAUAAUGGUUUAAAUAUACCUGCCCCCAGUUCAACAAUAACAGCAGCUUCAACUACACCAACCGUUCAUAAUCAUAAUCACUCAUUAAUUGAGGCCAGUAUUACUACCACAGGUAGCCACAAUCACAUUACUAAUCAUAUUAUGCAGCCACCACGUUCCACUGUUGUUAACAGUGCUGCCAUUGCUACUAUUGCCACACAGCCGCGUAAACGUAAUCGCACCGUGCAUCAUAACGGACCAGCUCUAUCAAAUGAUAGCCUGGAAUCACUUUACAUGGAUGAAGUGCGCAAAAAAAAUGCCAUUUUAAUGGAACAAUGCGAAAUAUCACGUAAACGAUUGCAAUUGGAGCAACGGAAAGUAAAUUUGAUGGAGGAUUUCUUUCCAAAAUAUUUAGAUUUGCAACAGCAAAUAUUGCAAAAGCUGGAAACUGCUAAUAAUACAACCUCUGGCUCUUUCAAUAUCAAAAUAGAAAACUAGAACAGAAGAAAAAGAAAAGACGAAGAAGCGGAGAGUUAUUCCUGAGAGAGGAUUAAAGUUACACAUUUUUUAAAUAGAAAGUAAGAUAAAUAUUUUGAUUUUAUGACAAGCAAGAUUCAUGAGACCAGAAUUCUCUUCAACUCGUUCCACUUAUCCUACUAAAGAUUUCCGAAGAUUUGUAUUUUUCAAUGGAAAUCUUACACUAAUAUUGGAAGUGAUGUCAUUCCGUUUGUAACGCCGACACACUCGCACUGCAAAAUUUCUGAUCAGUAUGAUAUUGUGAGUUAAUUAUAUUUGUCAAUCUUUGCGUCCUUUUUCACAACAAAAAAAAAAAGAAGAAAUUUUUGACCCAUGUAUUCUUACAUUAACACGAUACACGAAAUUUGAUAUCCAUGUUAUUUGCAUCUAUACACACCACAAAGUUUGCUCUUUUUUUAACAUACUGAUGAAGUUACAACCUGUAGUAGUACGUCUCGGUGUAGAAUUUAGGUACUAAAAUCUUUCAAUAGCUCGCAGUUAAAACUUUCGCGAUCAGUUUUGCAUCAUGCAAUGAAUUAACAAAAGGUGACGUGUAUUCAGGACUGGUCGUAAAGCGAGUAUUGUUUUUUUAGUAAGCUUAAGCAGAUUAUUCCAAUUUUGUCUAUUCGGCCAUUUUAUUUUUUAACUUUAUUAAAUUUGACUUAUUCCUGUGUUGAUUGGUUUUUAAUUGACAGGAUUAACAUACUUGUAGAACAACUUAAUAAUUAAGUAAUUAUUUCGCAUAUGACGUCAGAUAAGAAAAAAAUUAAAUAUAAUCUAUGUAAUGACAACAACAAAAA